AUGGGCUUGUUCCGAACUUUCUUGUUCGUCACGGUCAAGUCUCAUGGACCCGCCGUCUCGACAUUGUCUUCUGGAGUCUCGCUUCUGCUGGGCGUCGCGCAGACGGCGAUGUUGCUGCGACUGGAAGGAAGCGACAAGGUUCUGGAAGCGCAGACCCUGCACAUGGUCACAGCGCUGGAGUCGACUCUGUCAGAGCUGGUUGAGAUUCGUCGCGACAUGGCCUCCUGGCGGGCCCGAGCCCCUCCUGUCGUGGCCGUGCAGGAGAAGGCCGCGUCGGACAUCGACAUCGAAAUUGAAGACGCCAGCUACCCCGAGCCGGACCACGAGCCUUGGGGGCCCUCGGCGGCGGAGUAUCCCGAGCCGGCCCUCCGUUUCGAGGCCGAGAGCUGGGAUCCCAACUGCUUCGACGUGCGGACGACGGGCUUGUCCUUGGAGUGCAAGGAUCUAGGCCCUCAUUGUUUCAAGGGCUCCUCGGCGCCGGCCAUCCGCGCGAUGUGCCCGCGCGCCUGCAACAUCACUUGCGACGAUUUCUGUCGCGAUCUCGAAUUCACGACGUUUCAAGAGCCCGAUGGCUCUAUGUCCUCAUGCCGCCACCUGCGGCUGAACUGCCAGGACUGGGACAGUGGCGAGCGUGUGCGCCGAAUCUGCCCAGUGACCUGUGGGAUCUGCCCGGGAGCACCACUCUCACCACCCGGGCUUGAGGAAGAGGCGAUCUUCCGGCUCUUGACGAACGGAACCAAAGCAUUGGAGCGGGCGCUCCGCUCCACCGGCGCGAAGCCUCCGACGUACUUGCAUCGGAUACCACCUAUCUUGCACCAGACGUGGAAGACGGAUUUGAUACCGGCAAAGUACGGUGCUGACAUAAGCUCCUGGUUGCGACUCCAUCCGACAUGGAGCUACGAAUUCUGGGACGAUGCGCGUGGCGCAGCACUGGUCUUGGACGAGUUCCCGGAGUAUGCUGCAGCUUUCAAGCAGAUGUCCGGGAUCAAGCGAGCCGACGUGGUGCGCAUCGUCGCCUUGCAUGCAUUUGGAGGCGUCUACGCUGACAUCGACGUCGAGGCCGCGCAGCCCUUCGACCGGCUUCUAGAUGCGGCGGAGGCCUCCUCGCAAGCCGUGCUUCUGGGUGAGGAGAACGUCGUGCACUCCGUGCUUUUGGAGAAGAGGCUCUCUGGUCGAUUGGUGAGCAAUGCAGUCAUGGCCAGUGAUCGAUCGGCUGAGCCUCCAGAGAAUGCGGAGGUAGAGGAUGGCAGAAGUGAUGCCGCUGCGAGCGCGAAACACAAACAUGCAACUCCGUCCAAGACUGGCGAUGCGAAUACCCGAUGGCCGAGUGCAAUCAAGGCAAAGGCCUGUUCCGACUACGGCACGCUGGAUUCCUUGCUUUCGGAGCAGCGGAAGGUCCAGGCAGCCAAGGAUUCCUGGGGGACUUUCGACUUUGCGAUCGUUAGUGCCAAUAUCCUCUUUAGACAAGUUUGUUUGUAUGAUUCCAAGACCGCGCUUCUCAUGGCUUGCGGGGCACUGGAGCAUUCGCUGCAGGACCUCCCUGUCCUCUCAGAUCCGGGUCCAAGCCGGAAAUCCUCACGGAACAUCGCUUUCCUGGCCCAGCGGGGAACAAAGAUGUCCAAACUGAGGCGGCCCGAGCGUGGUUCGCGGCAGAAGGGAACUCCCAUCCACGACUUCCGACGCAAGCUGCUGCAAAAGUGGCCCAACAUCGAGGAGGCCUUCCUUGAGAUCGACAGCUACGUGUCCAAGGUGACGCGACCUUUGAACGUCACGGAGUGGUCCGCUGCCCUGGCGCAGCUGGGCCUCGCAACCCAGGCGAAUGGACGCGUGAUCUACGAUGACGAGGACAGGAGCUUGAAUGAAGUGAAGGCAGCGUUGAUGGCUGAGCUGUUGGCGAUCGCUAGCAUGGGCGUGCCCGUCUUUGGAGGAAUAGGCCUUGGAUACUUCAUUGUCCACUUGGGCGAGUACUGCAAGAACCGGAAUCACUGGUAUCUACUCUUUUGGAUUGGUGUCGGUGGAACAGUCAUUGAUCAAGUCAACCUCCUCAGCUACAUGUACACGCUAAGCACGGCAGGAGAGACCCUCUACAUUUAUGAUGGCAUUGACCCAAUCUCGCCGAAUUGCGACCAGUUGGCAUGUAUGGUGUUUGUGCUGACGGUACGCUUAUCGCAUGCAAAAGAGAAGGUGCGCAAGGAAAAGAACCGGCUGCGUCUUGCACUUGGCUACAGGGGCGACGCUCCUGAGAAUCCAAGAAAGCAUGCAGAACAUCUCCCGCUUGCUGCACGAUGGGCCUGGUGGUGUUUGAUACCCUUUCCCAUCGCGGCGGUCCGGUUCGGAGUGUCGAUUGUGCUGAUUUGUGUUGCAAUCGACCGCCAUGGCCACGAUCUCAGUUCAUCUGCCUUUUGGACCUCGCUCUGCGCGGCCAGGCUCUUCAGUGGAGUUGGGCUUUUUCUCGUGCUGCAUGGCAUGUUCGGAACCAUCUUUGAUCAGGUCGUUGCUAUAGAGGGGAAUUUGGACAUCAUGAAGGACGUCUUGGCAAAGCUCCCACGUGCGUUCGCAGAUGAAAAACGGCCCCUCCUCCAAGAUGAACGUCGGAACGUACUUCGAGAAAGAGAGAGCAUGCCAGUGGCGGGACGGACAGGCGAUCGGCGCGAUACCGUUGUCCGCAACAUUAGUUCCUUGACAACAGAGACCUCCCGACUACCAGCGCUGGAUCACGGGGAGGAAGUAGAAACCUUCCAAGACUGGUUAAAACACUGGCAUUACGCUCGAAUUGAUUUUCUGGAUGAGCAGUUUGGCUCAGAUGCUGUGCUGGGCAUAUGCGUGGUGACCAUGUUCUUCUGUGCCCUGCAGUUGUUGGCGAGCUGGCUAUGUUACGACCAGAAUCAGCAUAACUUCACUUACCAAGGAUUGCAUUCUGCCAUGGCCUUCGCUUUGACCUUGACCUUUGGUGGUAUUUUUAUGUAUCUAUCGAACGUGUGCAUCAAGGUGAAUGAGCUCUUUCUGAAGAUGUUGACGCAGCUGGAUGAGCUGAGCGCGCAAAGUUGGCGAGAGCAUGGGUACGAGGAGGGGCACAUCCGCAUGAUUCACGACUUCAAGACUGUGAUUGAAGCCGAAGGCUCGCCCCACACCUUCCUCGGCUACGCGAUGACGUGGCGGCUGGUCUGCACCAUCUUGACGCCCUUGUUCACCCCGACGCUGGCAACCAUCCGGCCGUUGCUGCAAGUUGCACAGCGCAACGUGCACGAUGCUGUCUGGAAUAGUGAGGAGCUGAACCAGACAAGCCAGGAUGCUCAUUAUUGGCUGGGCUACCUGGCCAACGAGAGCCAUUUGAACCAGCUGCUUUCAAUAUGA